AUGCAAGCAGGUUAUCCAGAUUUCAGCCAACAUGAUUCGUCCAAGCUGCAAAGCCUCCACAUACCCUCGCUCCCAGAAAACAUGGAUGACCUCAGCUCUGAAGAAAAGAUACAAGCUCUUGUGGAACAUCGAAAUGACGAGACUGAUCUCUAUUAUACCGCUGCGACAGGUAUACAUAACGAUAAACAUAUGGAAGCUUUACAACACCCUUACUUGGCUAUGCGUCGAUAUUUGAUUCAUCAAACUGGCUACCCCUGGGAUGCAAACCUCAUCAACUUGCGUGCGGCUUUGGUGGGUGUCACUAGCCAUCAGCUUUGGAAUGCCGUUAGUUCACACCCAUGUCCAGUGUCUUUCUCACAGGAAGAACGGGAAAGAUCAGACGAUGAGCGUGAUAUUUGGAAUGAAUCCGAGGCCCUGCUUUCCACAAUCAGAGCAGGCCUUGCUAUUGACCUAGAGGGUGGCACUACUCCUGAAAAUUUUGAGAGGCAUCACGCAGGGAUCUCGAUUAUCGGCUGGAAAUGGUGCGUCAGUGUGAGAAGCAAGAACGAGAGCUAUAUCUUUCGUUUUGGCGGCAAACGUAUCACCGUGACAAAAGAUACGCUUCUGAAUAAGCGUCGUCCGACCAUAUACCGCUUAGAACUUGAGGAGCCCCGUUUUGGGCUUCCAGAGACAGUCAUUGUCAAGCAACAGAAAAAGGAAUGGGAAGCUGAGUUUUGCGCUGAGAUUUCUGCCUACAAGAAGCUAGAAAAGCUUCAAGGGACCGUGAUCCCAACUCUAUUUGGUGAAGGCUCUUUCAAUGAGCGCCCGCCCUUAAUCCUUUCAGAGAUUAAAGGGAUUACUCUACGCAAUCUCGCGAAACAAGCCGAAACGAGUGUCUGUGUCGAAGAGAAUACUUUGAACUCUCAUCUUGAGAACGCUUUCCAGGAGCUCUACGAGUACGGGGCCCAGCAUUGUGAUCUGAAUCCAGUUAAUUUUCUAGUCUGCGACAAUGGACAAGUGGUGGUUAUCGAUCUUGAAGUCGUCGAAUUCCUGACAGACAGCAAGCUUGGGAACUCACCGUCAAUUUGGGUAGCGUGGAUUACCUGA